AUGGCGGAGCUCCUCAGCAAAAAGAUGUGGCGUCUCAAGGAUGUCCUCUUCAACGAAGGUGCAGACCAGGUAGUGCGUAUACUGAAGAUUGAUCAUCCGUUCCGUCGCCAGCGCAUCACCAUCGUGCCCACUCCGCGCUACGCCACAGAAGCUUACUUGACGGACUGGGUGUACCAACCCUACGUGAAGGAACACAUCAUGUACGUCAGCAACGACAUCUACAAUCCGUUUUACGUCUUCCUGUGCCGCUCGCUGCUUCGCAAAGGCAAAUUCCCCGAGUACGCCUACUUUCACCCCAUGGGACUGCCGGACUGUGUUGACGUGAACCUCAGCCGGCGUGCCUUUAUCAAGAAGGAGCAGCCCUUCAAGACGCCGAUGAGCACCAUCCUAAUGACGACAAAUCACUUCCGCGACUCGCACCACCCCUGGGUCUCACGGCGCACCGUUAACAUCGUCGGCGAGCGGUAUGUUGUGCAUCCUAAAGAGGACAAGCAAUCGAUGGUGUUUGUGCUGCCGCCUGCCUAUGUGCCCGAUGUGGUCAACACGUUGCAGGGUCUUGGAUUCGCCGUGGCCGACACGGUGACCGCCUCCAUUGGAGACGCGGCCACCAUCAAUAAACUGAACAACUGGAGCAACAAGUGCCAGCUGCUCGUGUUGGCGUAUCUCUGGUUUCUUUUGGCACUCUUCGUCAUAGGCGAGACCCGCCAUAUUCAUCAGCUCUUUCAAGACUACAAGCGAGAGCUGAUCGAGAAGGCAGGCAAGGACCCAGCAAAGAUGGGCCUGUAG